CCACUUUCUGACAGUGAUGCGCAAGUACCUCGGCAACUCACUCUGGGCGUCUAAUAAGGGUUCCACCAAGCUUAAGAAACACAAGCAGAAGAAGCGUAAACCGUCACGUUUUAAGGGUUGCGCAGCGGGCGAGUUUGAGACAGCGCACAGAGCAGAAGUUUCAAUGAAUGGCGUAGCCUGAGUGAGACCUGUAUUUGCGCGAUAGAAUUAAUCAUUACACUGCCGGUUAACAUUCAGUUGUUUUGACCUCAUUCUGUUGGUGGAGAGUCGUUUACAAAGUUUCUGUAAGUUUCUGCAAGAAGAGCUGGGGCGAUAAAUAGCAUUUAACCUGUUGCUGAGCAAUCUCCACGUUUUGCGUGGACUCCCAGUGAUUUGCGGAGAAGAAACGCAGUGGAUUCGGCGGAGCACAACAGAUUUAAGGAUUUAUUUCAACGUCUGUAACAUGUUAGGUCGCAGUUUUCGGCCGUGCUAAUGUCAAAAGGGAUUGGAAGGACGGAAUUACUGCCAACGACAGUAACAGCCGCAUGCUAUAGCUACUCUCGCCAAGGACGUAAAAUUUGAUGACUCUUUAACAAAGUAGUAAUACCACGACAAACCAAAAUUUGGCAAAUUGUGGCAUCAUGGCAAGUAAGCUGAGGAGCCUAUGUGACAUUUUGUCGGAGAUAAAGUUUGGGAAAUAACUUUCCCUUAACUGAACUGUUGUUGGAUAAGACAACAGACGUUACUACGUUGAGACAACACUGCCCACGUUUGAAGCUAUGAUGCUGCUUACUUGGGGCAUAUUUAUCCACGCAUUCUUUUUAUUGUUGGUAAGAGCCAACCCGUGGAGCCUCAGAGAUUCAGCGAACUGCGAGCUUAACAAAAAACAAAGUGAAUUAAAUUCCUUCUUGUGGACAAUCAAACGAGAUCCGCCCUCCUACCUCUAUGGAACUAUCCACGUGCCCUACACCCGAGUCUGGGACUUCAUACCACACAACUCCAAGAAGGCGUUCCAGGAGAGCCACAUCGUCUACUUCGAGCUGGACCUGACGGACCCACACACCAUCUCAGCCCUGACCAGCUGCCAGCUGCUGCCUCAGGGGGAGAGCCUGCAGGACGUCCUGCCCCGGGACAUCUACCGGCGCCUCAAGCGCCACCUGGAGUACGUCAAGCUCAUGAUGCCGUCGUGGAUGACCCCAGACCAGCGAGGCAAGGGCCUGUACGCUGACUAUCUGUUCAACGCCAUCGCCGGCAAUUGGGAACGCAAGCGGCCUGUGUGGGUGAUGCUGAUGGUCAACUCGCUGACCGAGGCCGACAUCAAGACGCGCGGCGUGCCCGUGCUUGACCUCUACUUAGCCCAGGAGGCGGAGCGCAUGCGCAAACAGACAGGUGCCGUGGAGAUGGUAGAGGAGCAGUGUCACCCACUGAACAGGCUCAACUUCUCCCAGGUGAUUUUUGCCCUGAAUCAGACUCUUCUGCAGCAGGAGUCUCUCAGAGCAGGCAGCGUGCAAAUCCCUUACACCACUGAGGACCUCAUCAAGCACUACAACUGUGGAGAUCUCAACUCCAUCAUCUUCAACCAUGACACUUCACAGGUCCCCAACUUUAAUAAUGUCACUCUGCCACCAAGUGAACAGAUCACGGCGCAGGAGAUUGACAGCUACUUCAGACAGGAGCUGAUCUACAAGCGCAACGAGAGGAUGGGAAAGAGAGUGAAAGCCCUUCUGGAGGAACACCCUGACAAGAGUUUCUUUUUCGCCUUCGGAGCCGGUCACUUCCUGGGCAACAACACGGUGAUUGAUGUGCUCCGGAGUCAAGGCUACGAAGUGGAGCACACUCCCGCGGGGCAGCCCCUUAACAGAGGCUCCAAGUCAGAGGGUCAGGACGCGGACCUGGAGGACUUCUCUCCCCUGGAGCCCUUCCUGCACGAGUCCCUGGACGUGCUCCCCCUGGAGGACGAGGACGGCCUGCCGCACAUGCUCCUGCCCGACAGCCUGGAGCUGCUGGAGAAGGUGGAGCGCAAGCUGAAGAAGAAGCGGCGCAACAAGCAGAAGAAGCAGCGCCACCGGCAGUUCAACGACCUGUGGGUCCGCAUCGAGGAGAGCUCAACGAUAGAGCCGCCUCCCCCGCCGCCCGUCGUCCGCAUCAUCAACGGUUACAUCACGGUGCAGCCGUACGAGUCCAGGGGUCACGGCCGCUCCCACCACAGCCGGACGUUCUCGGGCUCGGCUCUCCUGCCGCCGCCAUCCCCACUCCUCGCCGUGCUGUGCCUGUGGACGCUGGUGACGCAGACUCUCCUGCUCCUUCACUUCUAAGACCAGAACCAAAGGGCCAAACGGUGUCUGCCCACCAGGGCCAAUUAGUCUGCCCACACAGGAAAAUGAAAGUCCUUCUCCAAGGGGAGGACUGGCACAGACUGAAGGGGGGUGUUUGCACUCCUACUGGGGUGCAAUGCAGGUGUGUCCUCCAUGUAUUAUUUAUUCUUCUCUUUUUGAAGAAUCGUUCAUUGUAUCGCAUAAAACUGUGGGACGCGUGUAUAUAUAUCUAUGUAUCAUAGAUGUAAUUUAGAAAUAUUGGAGAAAAAACAUGAAAAUGAUUGUAUGGAAUGUCUUUCUUUGUCCUUUUUUUUAUGAAUAAGAGUCCUUAUAUUUUUGUGACUAAAAAAAUCAGGUACUAACUAUCAUCAUGAAAUGACAGCACCCUUAUCUCUUAAAUGCAUUUCCUUUCACGGGAAAUGGCUAUGAUUCUAAGGAGUCCUGUUGGUGUGUUUGUUCAGAGAAUUUUGAUUGUAUGUAUGACAUAGAACUUAUUCAUCUAAUUUAUUUAACUAUAUAGUUUCUAGGUUAUGGAAAUAUGUUUAUUUUGACAGUUCCUCAUGUUCCCCCAUCCGAUCUUUCCAAGUGAACUCUUCAGGAUACCGCAUAGCAGACUAACCAUUAUCACUCUUGUUCUGACCUUCUCAUCUACAGUAUGUGACAUGAGGAAACUACUAUUUUUGUUAUUCUGUUAAACAAUAAAAUAUUUAUCUAGUGAAAA